CUGGCACAGCCUCACUAUGAGCUGCUACAACUGCUCGGAGCCCCGGGUCCACUGCAGCCCCGGGCAGCUGUUCCUGCAGCCCCUCUGGGACCGCCUGAGGACCUGGGAGGCCCUCAUCCAGUCGCCCUUCUUCUCGGUCAUCUUCUCCAUUACCACCUACGUGGGCUUCUGCCUGCCCUUCGUGCUGCUGGACUGCCUGUGUCCCUGGGUGCCCGCGCUGCGGCGCUACAAGAUCCACCCCAACUUCUCGCCGUCCGCGGGGCAGCUGCUGCCCUGCCUGGGGCAGACGCUGUACCAGCACGUGGUGUUCGUGUUCCCCGUGACGCUGCUGCACUGGGCCUGCAGCCCGGCCCUCCUGCCCCUGGACGCCCCGGAGCUGCUCCAGCUGGUGGGCCACAUCGUCAUGUGCCUGCUGCUCUUCGACACCGAGUUCUUUGUGUGGCACCUGCUGCACCACCGGGUGCCCUGGCUGUACCGCACCUUCCACAAGGUGCACCACCAGAACCCGUCCUCGUUCGCGCUGGCCACGCAGUACAUGAGCGUCUGGGAACUGUUUUCCUUGGGCUUCUUUGACAUGGUGAACGUCCAGCUGCUCGGGUGCCACCCGCUCACUGUCCUGACCUUCCACGUGAUCAACAUCUGGCUGUCAGUGGAGGACCACUCUGGCUACGACUUCCCUUGGUCCACUCACAGACUGGUGCCCUUCGGCUGGUACGGGGGCGUGACGCACCACGACCUGCACCACACUCAGUUCACCUGCAACUUCGCCCCGUACUUCACACACUGGGACAAAAUCCUGGGAACUCUGCGGCCCGCGCCAGUGGCGGGGUGCUGA